UCUCCUGUCUUCUCCAGUGUCUCGAGUCGCGAUUUCGCUGACCGCCGGGGAUGGGCAAGUCAGUGUCGUCAUUAUUCUUGACAAGCAGCGAUACGCAGCCGGAAAAACGAAAAAAGAGCACAUGGGCAUGGGGAGGGGGGUCCUUCCACGGAGGAAAAUCCCUCAGCGGAAACGGGGAGCUUGACGCCAGGUACAAGCUCGGCCAGCAAUGACAUACAGGAGAGGUACCGGGGCCCCAGUAUGGAGAGCGCGCUACAGGACAGCAGAGGACUUUGUAUUUAGUAGGUCCAGACGCUGGCAGGCAGACACUUACAGUUGUACAUGGCUUGAUGCUAUCUUGAGGCAAAAUUUAGCAUUAGUGAGGCAAUACGUCGAUACAAUCGACUCAAUCGAGGACCGGGCUUUGAGCCAUCCCACAUGUACAACGGGGCUCUCGAAGGAUGGAAGCCAACGGGAUCCGGGAGAUGCACAGUGUCUUACUGUCUCUCAAGCCAAAAAGUCCAUGGGUGUUGUAAAUGGCCGUGGAGAUGCUUUGGUGAUAGUUCGGAGAGCAUUACAGUAGGUAGGCGGGCAGGUACCAACAGGGCGAUAAGCAAGUUCGGAUACGAAAGUAAAAUUACUCGCUCAGCUGCGGGUUCUCUGGAUGUCUUGUUUUUCGUAAAGCUAAAUCAGUAAAAACUAUACUUGCGC